AUGAAGGCCUGCCUUUCCAUUCGCUCAGAGGUUGCGCGCAUUGAAAGCAUGGAGGACUUGGCUCAAAGGCCCGACGUGCGGCCGUUACUCUUCACGAACAGCAUCCUGGUGGCCAUGCUCAGCAGCUCGGACCGCGUCGUAUGGCGCAGCGUGUGGCGCAUGGUUGAGCGCCAUGCAGGUCAGGUGUCCAUCGACGAGCUGUACCGGCCAGCCCAUGUGGCUCAGGUGGCCAGCGGCAGAGCCGUGGUGCUGUCCGACCAAAACAGCUUCCGUUACGUGGUCGGCCGCAGCUGCGGACGCUACCCGCAGGCCCAGUUCUACAUGGCCCGCGAACCCAUCAACACGCUCUCCUUCGGGUUGUACGUCAACGCGCGCCUGCCCACACGUUUCCGCCGUGCUCUGGACCAGAGGCUUGGGUGGCUCCGCGAGUCCGGCCUUAUGAGUCUGUGGACGGAGCGUAUGUUUCCGGACUGGGGACGCUGUGCGCAACGACGAAGAAGCUUUCAAGCAUUGGGACUUAAGGACGUGCAUGCUACCCUCGUGUCGCCGGCGCUGCUGGGCUCCGUGCUGCCUGCUCUAGUUCUGGUGGCCGAAAUACGUCUGGCACGUCGGCAGCCACCAACCACUCUCCGGCGGGUGAAACGCCGUCGCUUAUGGACGUAG